UUUGUUUAUUUUCUUUGUCCUGGGACUACCCUGAUUCUUGGCCACUUCCACGAUGAGCUCCUGGCGUGAGAGCCUUAACAGCAUUCCGGGAACCGUGGCCGCAUUUGUGAAUGAGAGCGCAACCACAGCCACAAACUAUCUGCACCUGCGGCCAGGCACGCCCACACCAACAACAUCUGAAGAAAGCGGACCGCAACAUAGUGACUACAAAGCCCUGCCCAUACCUGCAUCUCUGGUUAAGGAGCAGUGGCGUUUGAUCUUCACCUCGGACGCCAACGUACAGGACUUACAGGCGGCUAUUGCCCAUUGCCGUGACUUGGUGCUGCUCUCGGACGAAUGUAGCGAAGAGCGCCGCUGGCUGGUUCGUCACCUGGUUGACUUGCGCUACUCGCUGCAGGAGCUAGAGGAGGCACAGGCCUCUAGCGAUGGGCUGGUCCUGGUGAAUGCUAUUAAAUCCGUGGUGGGCCAUCACUUUGUGCCGUUCCAUGUGCACGCACGCCAGCGUCUGGCCAAGCGCUACUGCGACCACUGUACCGGCAUCAUUUGGAGCGUUGUGCAGGCCUCCUACACGUGCAGCGACUGCGGUUAUCUGGUGCACCAAAAGUGCAUUGAUAGUGUGGUGCGGGUGUGUGCGCACGUUCUCGUCUCAGAACGAAAGUAUCCCAUCGCAGAGAUCUGUCCAGAAAUCGGACUUGCCGCCCAGCACUAUAAGUGCGCCGAGUGUGCCACACUGCUGAAUUUUAAGAACUCGUGGAUUGAACCACGUCUAUGCGACUACAGUGGCCUGUACUACUGUCCAUCGUGCCAUUGGAACGACUUUUCCAUUGUGCCGGCACGCAUUGUUCACAACUGGGAUUUCGGGGCUCGGAGAGUGUCGCGCACAGCACUGCAAGAAAUUAAAUUGUUCCUCGAUAUGCCGCUGAUCAAACUAGAGGACGAGAAUCCCAAACUGUUCGUAUUCGUAGAGAAGUUGUGCGCGGUGAAGAAACUUCGCCAGAAUCUGGAACACAUGCGUCACUAUUUGACUGCAUGCAAGCAGGCCACUGAUGAGAAACUCAUCGAUGCUCAACUUGGUGGACGUCGCCAUCUGGUACAGUCCAAAGAGUUCUAUGCUCUGAGCGAUCUGAUGCAGGUGGACUCAGGCACUCUGGCUGAUUUUCUGCAAGCAAUCUUCAAUGCGUUCGACCGUCACAUUCGCAGUUGCGUCCUGUGCGUGGCCAAGGCCUACAUCUGUGAAAUUUGUGGCAACAACGAAGUGAUCUUUCCCUUUGACGAUGGCUGCAUUAAGUGCGAUCAGUGCAACUCCAUUUGCCACCGCGUUUGCAUGACCCGCAAGAACAUGAUAUGUCCAAAGUGUGUGCGAAUCCAGGAGCGUCGUUUGCAGGUGGAACGUGCGCCCAGUAAAAACGAGAAAUACAACGAGGAUGGGGAUGAGGCUGAUGAUGCACAGGAGGCGUAACGUUCAACGUUCUAAUGUCUAUGUUUACAUAUUUUUGUUUUUAAUCUGUUUUUAUGUCUGUAUGUACAUAAUGUAUAAAGGAGAUAGUAACUACUUAACAGUAGCCCUAACAUUUA